AUGUUCUCCGCUCGAUUCGUCGCUAGGUCGGCGCCCCGCGUCGUCGCCCGCCUCUCUGGCGCCGCUCUCCGACAGACUGCCCGCCCCAGCACCUUUGUCAAGGCUUCCUCUCUGCGACCUGCCGCCUCUGCUUUCUCUACCACCGUCUUCCGGAGGGCUGCCGCUUCCGAGACCGACGGUGAGCUCUCGGCCAAGCUUGAGAGCGAGAUCCAGAUCGAGGAGGACAUGAAGGCCAACGAGCAGGACCCCGCCAGCAUCAAGGAUUUCCUCAACAACAGCGCCUUUGAGCUCAUCGACACCCCCGGCCAGGAGGUUGUCAAGCUCGUCCGCAACUUUGGCGAGGAGAAGAUCACCGUCAGCUUCUCCAUCGCCGACAUCACCAACUACGACCCCUACGCCGAGGAGAACGCCCUCGAGGAGGAGGGUCUCGAGGAGGACCCCAGCCACCAGCGCAGCGCCCAGUCCAGCGGCCGCGCCAACGAGGAGAUUGACGAGGAGCUCGAGGACGACCUGGAGGACGAGGCCGCCGCCCCCAUCAACCUGUCCAUCGUGAUCGAAAAGCCCGGCAAGACCGAGGGCGCCCUCAACAUCGACGCCACCGCCCAGGACGGCAACGUCGUCGUCGAGAACCUCUUCUACUACGCCGACGCAAAGGUCGCCAAGGUCGAGUCCCCCGAGGCCGCCCAGAAGCGCGCCGACGUCUACCCCGGUCCCCCCUUCGGCAGCCUCGACGACGACCUCCAGCUCCUCAUGGAGCGAUUCCUCGAGGAGCGGGGCAUCACCCAGGCCCUCGCUGUCUUUGUCCCCGACUACGUCGAUGUCAAGGAGCAGCGCGAGUACACCCGGUGGUUGAGCAACGUCAAGGCCUUUAUUGAUGCUUAA